AAAUUUAUGAAAUAAAUUAGGAGAUGUGAAUCCCUGUGAUCGUUGAAAUUUGGAGCAAGAGGUUUUGUGAGCUACGGAGAUGAUGAAGAGUCCGAUGGUGGUGCUGGUUUUAGUGGCGGCGAUGCUGACGUGUCUGGAGGCGAUUGAGUCGCCGCAGUACACUGUGGUGCACUUGGAAUCGGAUUUUGAGAUUAGAGAUUACAGAGACGGCGCGUGGAUGUCUGCUCCUGUUAAAGACAUCUCGUUUGAAAAGGCCACCAGAAAUGGCUUCCACAGGCUGUUCCAGUACAUCCAAGGUGCCAAUUUGAAUUCCUCCCGAAUUGCAAUGACGGCGCCUGUGCUGACAAGCAUAGUCCCUGGAGCUGGACCUCUGCACUCAUCCGCAUACUUUGUGAGAUUCUUUUUGCCAGUGAAAUUUCAAGCCUCCCCACCCACACCCCUCCCGGAACUCAACUUGAAACCUUAUACAUGGGACAGUCGUUACAUCGCAGUCAGGAAAUUCUCAGGAUUUGCAAGAGAUAGUAACAUUGUGCAAGAAGCACAGAAACUCGCCACCAGCCUUAGCAGGUCUCCGUGGGCAAACUGUACCUCAGAAGAAAGUAGCUCUGCUUACUCGAUUGCGCAGUAUAACUCCCCAUUCAAGUUUAUUGGGCGUGUGAAUGAAGUUUGGGUCGAUGUCAAUGCGUCUGGAUCAGAGGACGAUAAAUACAGUGAAGUAGUUACCUACUGAGAUUGUACAAAUUGGUGGGUGUCACCAAGCAAUCAUCCACAAGUGAAUGAACUAUCCAAGAAUAACUAUAUCUCAGUUUCUGUAUUUUUAUCUGUAUUUGUAUCGUUAUCUGAGUGUAGACAUGUUACGAUAAUAGAUGUGCAGUGUAUAUAGUCCUUUACAGGCUCUUGUUCAAGUGUUUGUCCAUGCAAUAUAUUUAAUAUGCCUGCUUUCAACAUGGUUC